AUGGAGAGCUGCAGGAAGACCUUGCAGAAGGACAUCGGGAACCAGGCAGCCCAGGCCGACCCGCGGGAGAUCCACACCGACCUGGGCAUCCUGGCCGAGGACGAGUCUCUGGGUGUCUCGCUCCAGGGGCUGCGGGUAGAUUCGACUCUUCCGGGCACCGUGUCCCACGAGGUGCUGAAGCCUGGCGACACGAUCAGAUCAGUCAAUGGGCAUCCUGUUGCAUCUCAACAGGACUUUUGGCGAGAAGUGGCCUUGGCAAGACCUGGACAGCUCCGUAUUUGUGUUUUGCCCAGAUCCGCUUCGCAGUCGCUGGGACAGCCUCCCCCGCCCCCGCCGCCCAAGAGCAGCUCGCCCACGGAAAUCUCGUGGGACCAAGGCCCGGGCCCACAGAUCCCAGUGAGGGAGGUGCGGAGCUCGCCCAGCCGCAUGAUCGUGCUGAAUUGCGAGGACAUCGGCAGCAGCGCAAAGAGCGGCGUGUUCCGGCCGCCCAAGGGUACGUCUUACCCCUGGGAUGCCGUGAGGUGCGCCAUCAAGUUCUACGAGAAGCUUGGCUUCAUGACCCAGCCCAUUUGCCAUCAGGCAACGCUGGCCAAGCAUUCGCCACCAGCGGAGCUGAGGAAGAAGCUCGUACAGUGCCCAGUAGUGGACGACGACGGGCGGCAGGAAGGUCGCGGUUCCGAGCGUAUCUUUGUUGUUACGCUGGCCAAGACCUACGACUGUCCCUUUGUGGACAACAGCAACUAUCGAGAGCAGGCGUGGUCUGGCCACGACCUGUGGCCAUGGCUGCAGAAAGGAGGCCUCGCCCACAAGGUGGAAUACAUCUUCGACGGUUUCGGCGAGUUCUUGCCAUCCAGGGAAGUGACGCUGGAAGCGCCGACAUCCACCGCCAGUGGCAGACUGAGGAUACCCUGGUCUGAAUACGGCGGCCGCUGA